AUGGAUUCCUCCCCCAAUGAAGCCUGCGCAACAUGCGCCCGCUACCUCAUCUCCAUCCCCCCGACCUACGACGAGAAAACCGAGAAACCAAUACACAACAACUCGAACCGGCGAUUAGACUGUUGUGGUCGGGUGAUUUGUGGUGAUUGUAUUGCUGAAAACUCACGUUUCGCAGCAUACUGCCCAUUCUGUCAAAUCUCCCUCCAUCCCACGUCACUCCCGCAAGGUCUUCGCGAUCCCCCAGCCUAUACCCCCGAAUCCGCCUCAAAACCAAACAAGCUGUCCACACCACUACACUCCGACGACGAACUCCCCUCCUAUACCCCCAACGCCACUCCCGUACCGAGCGAAAAACAAGAACAGCCCACAGAAGACACCCUCCACUUCCUCAACCACGCCCACGAGACACUCCCGGGUCUCGCCCUUGCGUAUUCCGUUCCCCUCUCCGUGCUGCGAAAGGCGAAUAACCUGCAUUCAGACCACCUACUACAGGCGCGUCGCUCAAUAGUGAUACCUGGGGAGUACUAUAAAGGAGGGAGUUUGUCGCCCAGGCCCGUGGAAGGAGAGGAGGAGGAGCGGCGGAAGGGCGUGAUUAGGCGGUGGAUGGUUGGGUGUAAGGUAUCUGAGUAA